GCUAAUCGGCCCGUAGCCAGUGUCGAUCUCGCCACGCAGAAUGCAGCCAAAUCUCUUGAGGACCAAUUGAACGCCUCUCUUGUAGCUAUUCAUGAGCGUCUGGAUGCAAUAGAGGCACGUUGCUUAAAUAAUCAUAGGAAAGAGGCUAUCGCCGCUGCUUUUCAUGAUUUAGAGGAUCUCCGACGUCGGUACCAAGCUGGACAGUAUCUAUGGUCUGGUGAUGGUUUGUUCGAUAGCCAGGCAGUUAUCGGCACCUGUCUUGACCGCCUGUUGCAGAGGGUACAACAGGUAGAGGAGCGGAUGGCAGACAAUGAUGGUUCUGACACCACGCCUCCUCGUCCUUCCUCUCUUAGUCUGGUGAAUUCUCACCGACCCUCCUCGGCUAACGCAAAUCGCAAUGUCAUUACUACUGCAGCUACUGGUAUCAACUUGAGUCCCACAGACUUAUAUCUUGAGCGCUCGUCUUCACCACCCACUUCCGUCUAUCAAAGAGCCACUGAUGCAGCUACUACUGCUGUCUCCACAGAACCUGAAACUGUGAACCUAUAA